GCUGCUUUACGGCAGAUAACAGGCCAGUGUGGAGUGAAUUGAGUAAUGGCAGGGACAGACACGAGAUAGUCCACGAACUUUACGUUAUUUUUACAUUUAUCGGGUACCAGCAGCCGGACGCACGUCUGUGUUUGCCGUCGUUCGCUGUGAAAGGCUGAUUCCGACCCCGUUUUUCUGUCAACAUAGUAACUGUAUGCUGUGGAAUGGCUGAAGUGCCGCCUGGGCCUAAUGCACUGCCUUCAUCCCCGAGCGAGAUCUCAGCACUGCCCGUGGACGGGUGCACCGAUGACGGACGGGACAUCAUCAGCCCCGGCCCGGGACACCAGCACGCCAGCGACUAUAAGGCGAUAGUCAAAUCCAACCAGAACAACGUGCAUCCUAAUGCAUCAGCUGCCCAGUUCCACACAGCCCAGCUGAACGGGGUCCAGUGCCACCACACUCACCUCCAGAACCACGUCCAACAACACCGGCCGUCCGACAAUCAAAACGCCGCUUCCGAUCUCUUCGGCGGCGAGACACCGAGUGAUCACACGGACAACAACAAUUUCACGAGAAAUAAACGAUGCAGUGAUAUAUCGCAGAGCCAGUCGCCACCGAACAACGGGAUAAACUGCAAUGAUAGCAUGGCGAUAACGGAGAGCAGCUCGUGUCGACUGGACAACGAUGUAAGUAGCAGGACUGGUUCGGCGGCUACGGCAGCGCUGAUGGACGGGGCUGAGUCAGGCCCAAGCCCGCAGCGCGCUCGAGUAGAGCAGGCGGCCGCUGACAGCGCUCCGGCGGCGGGGAUGUCCAGGCUAACGUUGGAGGAGCACGACGACUCCAUCCGAUACGUGAGAUACGAGUCUGAGCUCCAGAUGCCUGAUAUCAUCCGACUUAUAACUAAAGACUUAUCUGAGCCCUACUCCAUAUACACCUAUAGGUACUUUAUUCACAACUGGCCUCAGCUCUGCUUUCUGGCGAUGGUGGAGAAGGACUGUGUCGGUGCCAUUGUGUGUAAGCUAGACAUGCAUAAGAAGAUGUUCCGUCGCGGAUACAUCGCCAUGCUCGCUGUGGACUCCAAAUUUCGCAGGAAAGGCAUCGGCACCAACCUUGUGAAAAAGGCCAUUUAUGCUAUGGUGGAAGGGGACUGUGAUGAGGUGGUGCUAGAGACGGAAAUCACCAACAAAUCAGCCCUGAAACUCUAUGAGAACCUGGGCUUUGUCAGGGACAAGCGGCUGUUUAGAUAUUAUUUAAACGGAGUGGACGCACUUCGGCUCAAACUCUGGCUUCGCUAAAUCAAACUACGGGGUCCCUCAACUCUUUCUCCACCCUCUGGCCUCCUCUUCCUCCACCUCAGUCCUCUGGCUCAGAUCACCUGACCUCCCAUCAAUAGAAAGACACUCGACCUCUGCCGGGCCACAAAGGGCAAACUCUGAGGGAAAAUUCAACCAAUCAUAAUAAAGUGUUUUAAGAACUUUUUGUGCGACAGAAAGAGAGGUUAUUGCAAAAAAGAAAAACAAAAAGUCGGGUACUAAUGUGACACUGACGUGGUGGUUUCUAUGCUCAGGUGUCAAUAGCGUGACGUAAGACCUCCGUGAAUGUGUCGGGCUGUGGAGAUGAGCUGGGCCGAACAUGGUGACGGCAUCGGCUAAAAGUAUCAUGCCGAAAGUAAAUAAUAUGCCACACCUCAGUUUUUUUUAUUUUUAUUUUUUAUGAACAAUCACGAACCGAAGGAUGGAAAUGUUUAAACCGACUCAACUACUAAAAUUUUAGUUUUACCAUUUUUUUUUUCUUAAAAGAGGAUGCAUGGGAGCAUUGCAGGAUGCAAUUGUUUUGUAGCCUGAUGCUUUUUUUUUUUUGCGCGUGCGGGGGUCUGUGGUUUAUUUUAUGUUUCAUUUUAUGUUUUGGAGAACACUGAUUAGAGCUUUGUCCACUUUAGAAGUUUGAUCUUUAACAAACUAACAUAAACCGAUUCAGAAACACUUUAACCUGAAUGCUACGGAGCAGUGCAGAAGGCACCUCUGCUCUUUUAAGUUGGUCUUGUUAGCUCACAUUAUGCCAUAUUGGUUUAUGUGACUCGUGAUUCUGACAGAAAUCUCCAUGCUUCUUCAUGAGUGUUUUGUACAACUAAAUUAGUUACUAAAUGAGCCUAAAAGAAGAGUAUUCCCUGUUUUUUUUCCCGCAGAGUCAUCGUCAUCAUCAUAGAUUCUCCCUUUCGAUGCCUGAGACUAUGGUUGGAUAUUCAGAUGUGCUGACCUAGACAAAUGAACCUCAAACGGACGCACUUCUCAUUUUUGCACUGAUUAGAUGGGAUGUAAUUCCCUUGUCCGCCACUGUGUUAGUGGACCAGUAAGAGCAGAAUACAGAUCUCACCAGCUCAGUUUGAUGAAUGGACUCAUGCAAAUAGUUGCUUUAAAGUCAUGAAACCGAUUGAUUUAUAUGCAAGAUUACAUUGUUUAUAGUGUUUUAAAAUUUAACGGAGGAGGUUUCCGGAGGUUAGCGAUUUUAUGGGUUUGUGUUUAACAACCACGUUUGUAUGUAAGUGUUUCUAUGUCAUUGCCAAUAGACCCCCAUUUUGCUUUGCUGCUGGCUCAUGAGUUGUUCUUGGAAGAAAACCUUUUUGUUUUUUCAAGUUUGGAGUGGGAAACAAGUUUUUUUGCUUUGCUAAAUGUACAUAUGGAAGUUUGAUUUGUCGUUUUUGAUUGCCAUUGGAAAAGUUCCCCAUAGAGCUGCUGCUCUCAGUUGUUGAGAAUAUUGAUGGGUUGCUUUAUAAAUUUGCGCUUAAGAACUAUAUUUGCUGAUGGAUUUAUGGGAAGUGGAAUUUCUGCAUCAUUUUUUUUGUUAGUUAGAUUUUUUAGGCCCAAAUUAUAGUACAUCUCCCAGAAAUGUAAUGUCCCAGUAAUCCCUUGACGCAUCAGACCGUGUGCUGUCUGUCAGUAAGGCUCAGGUGUUUGGUUUGUGUUCAAUUCUCCUUUCACUUGUCAGGGGCUGCUUUCAAGGUCCCAGUGGUUAUCAACAGCCAACUUGUCUUUGUAAGGACUUUAUUCCUUUUGAUUUGUGGACAGUCGAUGUUAAAAUGGAAAUUUGAGAGCCUUCGAGUAGUUUUCAUCUAAACAGAAAUCAAAGGAUAGUUUAGAUUCCUAUCAUUUACUCUCCCUCAUAUUGUUCCAAACCUGUGCACUUUGUUUUCUGGAGAAGAUUUUUUAUGAAUCAGGUUUGUUUGUCCAUAGAGUUGAGAGUCGAUUGGGUUCAAAACAACAUUGGAUCCCACUGAGUUUUAUUGUAUGGACAAAAGCAUUAAUAGUCCUUCAAAAUAUGUUUUUUAAUUAAUGUUCUGCUGAAAGAAGAAAGUCGUACAGGUUCAGAACUGCAUUGGGGUGAGUAAAUUAUGGCAGUUUUCUUUUUUUGGUGAACUAUCCUGUUAAUAAAAUUCAAAACCUUUCACAAGGUGCCAACCUUGACGGACAGAAAUGCAUUUCUGUCUGUCGAUCCUCACCAUUUAAUGCUUGGAUGAAUACUUAUUGUUUAAAAUUGUGGUUGGCACGAUGAUUUUUUUUUUUGCACUGCCAAUAUCUGACUUUUAUGGAUUACAUUAGUGUAAGCUGUCCAUUUAAUGUUUUGGCCAUUUAACAGCUUUAGACCGAACAGCUGGCAGGUUCUAGCUGGGUAAGAUCUCAUAUUCAGAUGAUGUGGACACUAAUCUGACUGGCUUCUGGCUCCACAAACAUGGAUCCAUUUUGUUGGGGAAAGAGCGACUGUUUGCAUGUUGAUUCAAAUUUUCUCCACCCGUCUUUCUCCCAUUUUGACCCGUGACAAAAUGUCUUGCAAAAGUUUCUUUGUUUUCAAGUGGACAACAAGACCUGGUUUAAAAAUUAUAAAUAAAUUAUUUGAUUUUUAAGCAAA